UCUUGUCUCAUGGGUGAUUCCCUGGGGAAACAAAAUGAACAUGCUAUCCAGGAGGGAGUAGCAGCUGCUCUGAGGGUUCUGGAGGAGCUGAGUGACAUGAGACUUCACAGAGAACCCUGUGCUUUGUCCUUUAACUUCGUCUCCUUAGUUAAGUGACAGUCCACGAGGGAUGGCCAGCCAGAGGCCCAGCCGACCCACCUGCAUCAGGGCAGCCUUCAGUGCAGCUGGCUUUCGGAAGUGGCAGAGACACGCCCGCCAUCGCCUUCAGGUCAACUCCAGAAGGAACCUCAUGGACCUUGCUGAAGGCAUCUGGAGAGAGUUUUUAGAUCCUUAUGAUGGUGACUCGGAAGACACCCCAGGUCAUUCCAACUAUCGCAGUUACCAUAGCCAGCGUGCCCACCACCUCCUGGGUGAUAGGAACCGCAACUCGCCUUCCUACACACUGAAAUUCAGGACUGCUGAGGAGGCCAGCGUGGAAGACUCGCUCCCAAAGGCUCCAGACCUCACCGUGAAAGCUUCUGUCUGGGCCCCUGCAGCCCUCGAAGUCCAUGACGUCGACAUGCAGCCUGAGGGUGAACUAAAGACACUGGGCCCCCGAGAGACCAACGGGUGUCCUGGCAGGCUGUCCCCAUCACCAGAGGACUGGAGGAUGACAAGGGCUGCCAGCCCCCUUAAUCCUGUGGAGACCCCAGAGAUAGGCAGACAGCUGCUGGGCAGAGCCAGAGCCACCCGGUCACCACCCAGACUCGGGAGUGACAGAGAUAAGGGACCCAGGCUGUCGCUUUCCAAGAGAAAACUGGAGCUCCUACUUGGAGAGCCUGAGAAAAUUAAGAGGAAGAAGAAGAAGUAACAAAGCUGAGCACAUGCCUGGGGAUGCUCUCCAGGUCCUGUCCUCCCCUCGGCGGGGA